UUUUGGGGGACGUGGUUCAGACCUGGGUCUGUGUUUGCAGCAGGCUAGCAUGUCUGGCUCAAACAGGCAGAUUCUGAAGUCCCAAGCUGGCAGGGAAAAUGGGCUCAGAAAUAGCCACAGCACAUCAGGUGGCCGUUCCCAAGGGGGUCUCUGUGACCCAACCCGUCACAGGUAUAUCGUAUAAAAGAAUAGCCACCAGCUUUGUGUUGUUUGCCCUAUUUCUCAGCAAUUUGUCCUGAAUUUGGCAUUCUCAGUUACGACCCACUAAGAGACGGUUACAGGUUUUUACAAUUUCAUACUCUAGAUUGCUAAAUUGCUUAAAUGAGUCCGUUAAAGGCUGACUUUAGUGUGGACACAUCAUGUCCCAUGCCACUUAACUUUUCUGGCAAUAUAUCCGUAUGAAUGGUGUUUAAAACACCUAGACCUCUACCAGCUCCUCCAAGUAUGGAUGCAGUUAGAUCUCUUUUGGCCUUUGCACCCUCAGCGAGGAUGGAUUUAAUCCACGCUUGCCAUCCUUCUAACAGAGGUCCUAUGAAGGGCAUGCACCUACUUUCUGUUUUACUGAUGUUUAACUGCAGUGACAGGGAAACUCGCUUCAGUGAGUAUGUAGGCCCUACUAACACCAUACGUUCUGCAUUUUCUUUUACAACUACCGGGCCCACAUAACCUAAAAGAGGCUUUGGUAUUAUUGUGACAGAUUGCCUUCUAUGAGCCCCAAAUAGGCCUCUUAUUUUCCAAAUGCCUGAGUCCUCUGGACUAACAUUCACCUUGGUGGUACUGUAGCAAAACACAAGACAUCUGCUAUUGUCAUUUGAACAAAAUGAGUUAACAUUUCCUGACUCACAGGUAUCUUUGUUUCUAUUGUAACAAGUCAUAUUACCUAUGUAGGUACAGGAAGGGGUGUGGAGUUUAACCUUUACUGCUUUAGUUUCCACUUGGCAUGUACAAGGUGACACUUACUGUUAACACUCUCACAACUGAUUGGGACGGAAGAUCUGAUUUUAUUUUAGGCUCACACACAUCUGGGAGUUUGGAACCUUUAUAGCCUCAGAACAGGUGUUAAAUCCAGGUCAGUGUAGAUCCACGUCGACGCCUCAGGUAGCUUUGAAAGCGUACAUCCAGUCGGCUCUUAUGCUAGUGGUUCUUUUUAAUGCGCCUGUCACAUCGGCUACUGCUAUUGGGGACGCAGUGGAAGCCUCUUGCUGCCAUAACACAAUGCAGCUCCCGCACGCUACGUACACGUAGAUGUCAAAAUGGCCUUGCGCCCGAUAAUAAGGUGAAAUUAGAUCUUUGGGAGUUUUCAGAGAAUUUUUAUCUUGUACCUCCAUAUAACAAAAAUAAUGUUCUCCAUCACUUAUCCAUAACAUAUUAUAUACAGGUCAGCACAAAUAUAACAGUUAUCAUAAUUUACAACACAUUUUGGAAGCAAUAUCAAGCUUACCUUGGUAAGUAGAGAGAUGAAGCUGAGGAUAUAUAACACUUCGGUGGUCAGUAUUUUGACAGAUGGGACUGGAACAUGGCCCCUCACUGUCAAGAUUGAAAAGAAGUUGAACAGUGUUCACAUGAACGGUUUCAGAGUAGCAGCCGUGUUAGUCUGUAUUUGCAAAAAGAAAAGGAGGACUUGUGGCACCUUAGAGACUAACCAAUUUAUUUGAGCAUGUAGCUCACGAAAGCUCAUGCUCAUAUAAAUUGGUUAGUCUCUAUGGUGCCACUAGUACUCCUUUUCUUUUUGUUCACAUGAAGUAUAUCCAAAAGCAGAUGCUCCACAGGAUGCCGAAAGAGAGGGGGAUGCUUAUUCUACAGACCUGUGCUAUCUAACAUUGAGGAAGCAAUAUGGUAUUGAGCCUGUGCAAAUUCAUAACCAUAAAACCGGGAUGCGUGCAAUUGUACGAGUUGCGGUGCACAGAAUCUUCAAGCACUGCCUGAGAGAGAAGCAAAUUGAAGAUUGCCCUGAGUGCGCCAUAGAUGCCCCCGGUCAGAGGAGUCACGACUGUGCAAACUGGUCUGUAGAUGAGGUGAACUGUAAAAUUAAAGAAAAUUAGUGGUAAUUUGUGUAUGGAGAGUGUUUUAAAUAUCCUCACCACAUUAGGAUAUGCACUACAGUGCCUCUGUUUAACGCAGGAACAUUUAGCUCCAAGGGCAGAGCUGGUGGACAAGGUGACAGAGGCAGAGGACCAAGAUAGAGCAUUAGAUGAAAUAAUCAAACCAACAGAGAAAUGCUGAAUGUCUUCUUCGUUCAACAAGUUACAAAAUCCUGCUGAGAAAAAACCCUAAAAGUUAGAGCGUGGUUUGGGAACAAAGCAGGGUGUGUUUUAGAAAUAAAAUAAAGAUGCAUGUUUUAAAUAAAAUGUCAGUUGAAAAUGAUGGUGUGAAGCAUGUUUUUAUGGAGCUCAGCGGGGGGGUCGGGAUGGCAGUGGGUGGCUGUCAAAAGUGAAGACGGUUGCACCCACAGUAUACUUGUAGUUAGGUUAUGGGUUAUCAACAACAACAAGAGGUAUAUGGAUGGCCUGUUCCACUAACAAGGGCCCCCGGCUACUUGUUCAUGAGGGAUACAGGCUGUUGGGGCAUCUGGGCCAUUGCAAAGUAGCCCCAGAACCCCUCUGAAAUCAUACCAUCUUCCGCUUCAACUGUACUUUUUCAUUUCCCCCCAGGCCCGCUGCAUUAGGACUUUAGUGAUCAUGACACUUCUGAUUUCAGCAAUGUCUCAGGUCUCUCAUCUACAAGUUCAUAUUAUUUAAUGCUGUAAAACAUCUAGGGUUACAGUUUGUAUAAAAGUGUUAUAAAAUAAAAACAAACAAAAAAUUCUAGGGUCCCUAGACAAGGUAAUAAUAAACAAAACUGUAAUCGCUGCUUAGCAGGCACUGCUGCAUAGCAUCUCCAAGUAUAUAAUCCCGCAAUGGUUUUGUUAAUCUUCUUCAUUACUUCUGAUAGUCCAUUGGAUGGGGGGAGAUAAUACCUCAUAAAGUGAGAAAGUGUUUCUGAAUGGCAAACGCUUGCCCGUGCUAAAGCAUAACAACUAACAAAGAAUGGCUGCCUACAAAACUGUUUCACUAAAAGAGAUUUCAAUCAGUUAUCAAUAUUCCCCUAAAACUCAGGACAGUUCUCUUAUCCCCAUGUCCUGUUCUCUGUGGCUUUUGUCUUUUUAAUUCUUUUCUAUUGUAAAACCCAUCACGUGUGGGGAGGGGUUUAACUAUACCCUGGAUGUUUAAAGCUUUCUUUACAGUUUUCAGGUACAGCGUUUUUUGUUUGGUUAUCUUUUCGCAUUCUGGGCAAUUCAUUUAGGCAAAACUUUCAAAAAACAAACAAACACACACUAUAUUUUAAAGACCCCCUCUAACUGUUUAGAAAGCUAUAAUGUCUUUAUGUUUUGUCUGACUUUUGUAAAACCCUUCUUUACAUGAGGGUUUUGUAAAUAUUCCUAUUCCCCAGUGUUAAGGAAAAGUUAACAGGUCUCAGCAUGUGAUUCGAUACUUGAUGCAUAAUAGUCUGUAUGUAAGGUGAACUUUGUAACAAGGCUGUUGUGGUCAUAAUUUGACCUUUUUAGGCAGUGGAGAAAAACAUGUUAUUGUAGAUACAUCCUGUGAUUGUGGUAUGCACUAAGCAGGAACUGAACAUGAGCACGAAGGCGACACACCAUUAGUGGAAGAUAACUAUCUGUAACAUGACUGGAUGUAAAGGAUCGGGCACGAGGACGGGUCGUGAUGAGUCAGUGUAUAUAGAAAGGGGAAAUCAGCAUUUUCAUGUGUCGUCCCCCCCCCCCCCCCGGCUAGCGAGGGGGUACCACGCUUAAGCGUUAUUAAACUUGUCUCAUUGAGAAAUACUCUGCAAUUUACUUGUCUGGUUAAUGCGCCUCAGCCUCAGAGCGAACUUUUACGUGACCUACGAGUGUAAUUCGUAACACCAGGAACUUAUUUCUUCACAGUUUACAUUCCUGUAAACAGAGGUUGAUCUUAUUAGGAAACCAGGGGAAGUUAUUGGCAAGCUACCAAAACGGAAACUGAAACUGUGCUGUAUAACUAACCUUGCAGAGUCACCGGCUUGAGACAGAGGAAAAAUCGGAGGAAGUGCAGAGCAAAGCAGAGAGCUGGAGAACGCUGGCGACAUAAGGAAAUCUGGCCCUGGAUGGCAGUAGAUCAGCGCUGAUGAGCAGCCCUAUAACAGAGAACAACGCCUGUGCACUGGAAAUAAAAUCUGGUUAACAAAGCAGAUUUCAAGCUUCCAAGGAGUGUCUGGUGAUUGCGCUGGCCGGAGCUGGAGGGUGAAGCACAGCAAAGUCACCUCGCCAUGUCUACGGGAAAGGAAAAACCCAAGAAUUCAGCACAGGGAGAUGCUGCCAAGGAUGAACUAGCCAAGAGACUGGAAGCAGUGGGUCUGAGUGCAGAGUACUGGCUGCCUAAACUGCACAAACAACUUGGAGUUACCUCUAUCCAAGCCUUGAAACACCUGCGAUAUGAAGACUUCCUAAAGUUAGACAUACAGCACACAUGGGAAAAGCAGGCCCUCCAAGAGCUACUUAAGACAGACAGCAAGGCAACAAUGACACAGCUGCAGGAGCAGCGCUUGGAGAUGCUAAAGAAGAGGCAGGAGCAGGCUAAGUCGGCGCUGAAGGAGCUAAAAGAAAUGCAGGAGAAAGGCAGGAGCCGCCCUGAGGAAGCUGUGAGAAAGAAAGAGGAGGAGCUGCGGAUAGCUAUGGACAUAGCCCCACAGUACUGGGCACCAUCUGAGAAGCCUUUGAAGGAAGUGAUAGAGAAUGUACACAAACAAUUAGACCUCCUGGAGGAGACGGUGUCCCAGAGUGAGAAUCUCCCUGACAAGGACCUUUUGAGAUGGGCAUCAGGAGGGCUGGCCCUGCAGGGCAUUUACAAAACCAACAAGCUUGCAGAGAUGGUGGAGAAGCGAGAGCAGCUCAUAGACAUCCCAGAAGGGUUCGAGCUCCUUGGUCCACAGCAAGGGCCGUUGUUUGAGAAGAAGGAGUUUUCAUCUGCCGAAGCAGAAUCCACAUUCACAAAGGCCAUGGAAAAUCUGGGCUUCAACAUUAGCACCGCAGCCGAAGGUGGGUUUGGGGGGUUUAGUGCUGAAACCAGCUCAGAUUAUGGGAAAUCUGAAGAAUCCAAAAAAAACCACAGGUCCCGCUCUGAACACACCUACAUUUGUACCACCAAGUACCGCUACGUCCCACUGGCCUCAUGCCACUUCCCCAAGGCUUGGCUUCGACUUUCCAGUGCAGCGCUGCAAGAGUUAAAAGAGAUCGAGCAGCUUUUGAGUCACACCCCAGAGCCGGACAAGCUCAACAUGCUGAAGAGCAGGGGCGGGAGAUUCUUCAGCCGAUUCGGGUCUCAUGUAAACCAGGGCCCCCUUCAGUUGGGUGGGAUAUUCUGGUGGAAAGCGUCUUCUGAGGGAUUCCAGGCAGAGCAGCUGGACGAGGUGAAGAAACGAACAUCUGAUGAACUCAGCAAUUAUGUUGGGGGCAGCUAUAGUGGCUUUGGUUGGAGCGUUGCCGCUGGUGUUACUGCAUCAAAAUCAGGUUCUGAAGCCUCAUUUCAGGGCACAGAUAGAAAACCAAUGCAAACAGAGAUUCAGCUGUUUGUGACCCAGACAGGCGGCCCACCUGGAGUGGAUUCAUUCACAGCAUGGAAAUCUGGGCUACUGGCCAGUAACAAAACCUGGUCUGUUAUUGACAGAGGCUCUCAGCUGAUUCCAGUGUGGGACAUAAUCCUGUCCAAUCACAGACAAGAUUUUAAAGAUGUUUCUCAAAUGAGGAGCAGCCUCACAAGGGCCUAUGAAGCCCUAACAAAGCGAAGUGCAAGUACAUUGGUUGGGGAGGAGUUAGCCAGUGCAAUGGAUGAGGCCAGAUCGUUCUUAGAGGACAUGAAGUCCUGGGAAGUCACUGGGGAUGAAAAACAGCUGGUGACACUGAUGAACUUCAAACAGAAGCUGAAUGAAAAAACAAGAAACCCUAAUGUAUGGAUCAACAUUUGCCUAUCAGACAAGGUGCUUCAAGAUUUCCUGGAAAAAACAGUUUCACGGUGCAAAGAUUUAUCUGCCCCAAAUGAGAAGUACAUCAAAUCUUUGCUGCACUGCCUUCUGGGUCCUUCUAUCUAUUCAGUUAAGAACUUCCCCAAAUCUUCUUUCAUUAUGCAAUGGAUUUUCCAGUCAGCAGAAGAACAAGCAGGACAGAUCUGCAGCUCAGAUCUUACAGAUUUCAUUAAAGUUUUACAACAAAUGGAAAGUGACAUCAGGGAAGCUACCACUGCCUCGAUGAAUUCUCCAGCAGCAGAGCAUGAAGCACAAAGAAAAGCUACUCUGAUUCUCAGUUUAUCCUUCCAUUCAUUACUGCAGGCUCUGAGACAGAGAGCUGAGACAGAGACUCAGCUGUUAUUACUCUCAGUCGCAGCCAGCGCAGGAUACCGUGUGGACAGUCACACUUUUCAGAAUCUCCUCGGGUGCUCAGAAAUUAACUUCAUGUUAAAGGAAAUGCAAAGGGCACAUGAGAGAUAUUGGACUCUUAGGGGUCAGGAUGUUUCCAGAGCUCAGGCUUUCCUGUUGUUGACAGGUCUGACAGUAGCAGCUAAAUAUAAAGUUAUGGCCCCUGAAGAGAAGAAGAAAUGUUUGACUUUUAUUAAAGAUCACAUGGGCAACUCGCUGUCACAGAAAGUUACUUUUGUCCUUACAAAGCACAGGGCACUCACUGACUGGAAGGCACUGGAAAGAGACUUGAAUUCCCUUGUAAAUGGAAAUUUUGAAGCCACAAAUGAUGAUCAGCUGAAAGAGUAUAUAAAGAAAGAUCUAGGAAAUGUUUUUCAAGAAAUCAAGCAGGUAAAUUCAUCAAUGUCAACAUCCAAAGAAGUGCAAUCCAGAGACACUAAGACAUAUGGAUUUCCCCAAAACUCAGGGUUUCGAAAAUUAAUUCAGCGACUUAAACUUGAAAAUUACUAUCCAAAUACAAUGGGGAUGGCAGACUUCCAGAAAAUUCACGAAACAUCUUUACAUGCCAGGCACCCCCGCAAUGAAAGUGAGCUGCCAUUUUAUUUUUUGGAUAAGCUCUUGAUGAUGGACUAUAGGGUAAGAUAUUUGAUUUGCAACGAUGACAGUAAAACAAAACAAGGUAUAGCCAAUACACUGACCACCAGCGAUGGUGUGAAUGAACCCACAGAUAAUGUAGAUGACAUUUUUAAUGAUGAUGAGCAGGAAUCUAAUGAAUCUGCUGAAAGUAAUGAGGGUCAGGUGCAUCCUAUGGACAUACAGAUGGCAAUUUUUCACUGUGCAGAUGAUUUCAUGAGGCAAUAUAUUUCAACAAAGCUUUCUUUAUGUCAAUUUGCACUUCCACUUUUGGUGCCAAAUCCCUGCACUUUACAAAUAGAAUUCCCUCUUUUGUCCUUUGCCCAAGUUAACAAGAAAUGGCAGAGUCACAAGAAAUUUCAAAACAGGACUGGGAUUAGGAAAUGUACAGAUAAAUUGAUUUAUCAAGCAGAUCUACCAGUGGUGUCCUUCAUAAGAUUUGGUGCAUCUUCUUUUUCUAAAUCUCAGCUCUUAAAUACACUGUUGAGUAAGCAAAAGCAUAAUAUUUUUUUCCAUCGUCACUGUAGAAACAGUAGUAAAAACUGCCUCUUGAUGGAAGGUGUUGUAGAAAUCGCCUGGUAUUGUCCAGGUAGAGAUGAUGAUAGUUUUGACAAUUGCAUUGCCUUCACUAAUCUUCACGGAGAUGCAAGAGAACAUAAGCAACAAAUCAAAUUUUUACAGAAAAUAGCUUCUGUCAAUGUAGUGCUUUUGUCAGAUACUGAUCGGAAUGAAACGGGCACAAAGCUUUUACAAGACCUUCUAAAAUCCCCCAAACCUAUCAUCUUUCUCUGUAUUGACAAAGAGAGAAUAACAGUUAAUAAGUAUGAAAAGCGAGUAAAAAUAGCUGUUAAGAACCAGAAUGAGGCAAAAUUAAUGGAGGAACUGACCACUGCAAUUAAAUGUGCUGUAGAAACUUCAAAUAUUUCUUGUAGUCUUGGUAAAUGUGCAGACAUUGCUCAAAAGCAUGGAUUCCUUAUUGACGAAGACAAAAGAGAGUGCAUGGAAGGCAAAGAACUGGCACAAAAAGUAAUGGGUUUUCUGAAACAGACAAAUAUUUUAGAUAUUAAGGACAAAUUAUUACCUCUCCAAGGAGAGUUGUGGCACAAGUGGUGUAAAAAGGAUAGAGAACGUACCCGUUUGCAGGACAAUGAGAACAUGGGCAUUGAACAAUACCUAAGCCAAAUAAAAUCAGAAAAGCAUGCACUGCGACAGGAUCAGUUACAGAGAGCGUUCCCCCUGAAUGAGCUAAUGACGUCAGUGCUUUCAGCUCUGACUUUACCUUCCCACAAAACCAAAAUGUACUUUUUACAGUGGCUGAAAAUAUUUAUAGCUGAUCUGCCUGCUGAUCAGCUUCCAGAGCUUCACCAAAAAUACCAUGAUUUAUGGUCACAAAACCAAAGAGGAGGAAAUAAUGACUUGCAAAAACAAUUAGAAAAAUUAUCACAUAAAAUAAAUGAAUCGACUUUUGGUCUCGAGCAUCUUUUGAGAGAGGUGGGUCAGAUUUAUGAAGCUUUGGAUGCACACCCUGAACAGAAUAAAUGCUAUCAUGAACUACCAAAAAUUGUAGCUGAUUUGAUGGUUGAAGGGUAUCCUAUCGAGCUGCUGGAUGGUGAUACUUCUUAUGUGCCAUUGAAGUGGGUUGGAGCCAUCUUUGACAAGUUAAUUGAGAAAUUAGGAGACCAAAAGGUGUUUGUUCUUUCUGUACUUGGCAUCCAGAGCACUGGAAAAUCAACACUGCUAAAUGCCAUGUUUGGACUUCAGUUUAAUGUCAGUGCAGGGAGGUGCACAAGGGGAGCAUUUAUGCAACUAGUUAAGGUGGAUGAUGAGCUCAGAAAAGAGCUGAAGUUUGACUUUAUGGUGGUUAUUGACACUGAAGGGCUGCGGGCAAUACAGCUAGAAAACAGAUCAGCACUCAGCCAUGAUAACGAGCUAGCCACUUUUGUCAUUGGUCUUGGCAACACAACUUUGAUCAAUAUUUUUGGAGAGAACCCUUCUGAAAUGCAAGAUAUCCUACAGAUCGCUGUCCAGGCAUUUCUGAGGAUGAAACAAGUAAAUCUCUCCCCAAGCUGUUUGUUUGUGCAUCAAAAUGUUGGAGACAUAACUGCAAAUGAAAAGAAUAUGGAAGGACGAAGACGCCUUCAGGAAAAAUUAGAUGAAAUGGCAGUUACUGCAGCCCAGCAAGAGUCCAAUGAUGUUACCUGCUUUAAUGACGUUAUCCAAUUUGAUGUGAACACCCACAUUCAUUACUUUCCUCAUCUCUGGGAAGGAGACCCACCGAUGGCAGCUCCAAACCCCAGUUACAGCCAAAGAGUGCAGGAAUUAAAGAGGGAAAUUCUCAUGGCUGCCAAAGAAAAAUCUGAACAUAGCUUUCUAAAACUGUCAGAAUUAAAAACACGCACUCAGGACCUGUGGGAGGCUUUGUUAAAUGAGAAUUUUGUAUUCAGCUUUAAAAAUACACAGGAGAUUGUUGUAUACAGCAGACUGGAAAACAACUAUAACAAAUGGACCUGGGAACUGAGACGUUUCGUGCUUAAUCUGCAGAACAAGCUGAACAUCCAAAUUCAGAAUGGGAAAAUCUCCAAAAUAGAUAGAGUAGAUCUUGAAAAAAGAGUUCGAGAAAAAUAUGAUGCCACUGAAAAGGACCUUGAAAGGUAUUUUAGGGAAGACAAGGACUGUAACAUACUGAUUCAAUGGGAAAAAAAUAUUAAAACAAAAAUGAACUUUUUCAGACAAGAACUGAUUGACAAACUGUGUCAAAAGGGUCAAGAACUUAUCAAUCGAAAGAAUUGUCAAAGUAGUUUUGACCAAAGGAAAUCAACUUAUAAAGAAGACUUGCUUAGAAAAAGCAAGGAGUUGGCCCGACAUGUCAGAGAUAAGGAAUUGAGUGACAGGGAACUUAGAGAUAGCUUUAUCAGAAUGUGGAAUGAAUGGGUUACUGAGGUGUCCUCUGCUGCCCCUCGUGUUGAGGAGCCCAAUUUUAAUGCUGAUAUGCAGAUUUUCCUUUUCAAUCAUUUUAGAUUAGAACACAAUAUAAGCAACAGGAUUAUAACAUCCUCUGAAUGGACUGUUUUUCCUCUGAACCCUUCUGAGCACCUCUCAAUGAAGAGACAAUGGCAUAUGCUGCGGAAGAAGACUACUAAAGAAUGUGAUGUUGAGAAUUUAAAGACAAGGACAGCACACCUAGAGCAGCAUAUCUAUGAAUACAUUGAGAACAAAGCGAGAGAGAUAAUGAAUUACAGUUCCAGUUACUUUCAUGAAAUAGUGGAGUUAAUAAGCAGAAAGUUGGAAUCUGAUUCAGAGGAUGACAAUUUUACAUUAACACCCUCAUACAAAGUGGAUGUAUCUCUAUAUUUAUGCCAAAUGGCCACAAGAAAGUUGAGAGAGACAUUCAAAGCAUUCCAGAAAUCAGAUGAUCCAGUCCGGUAUCUUGAAAGUAAGAGAGAGGAAUUCUUUAGCUCUUUUAAAAUUGCCUGCCAAGGAGCAGCAUCCAUCACAACUUUUGCUGAUAUUUUGUGCAGCAAUCUUAAAUCUGCUAUCUGCCAUGCAGUCUAUGACAAGACUGCCAUUGACAUAGCAAAUGAGAUGAGGUCUCACUAUCCAGCCUUCAAUGGCAAUCGAACCAGACUGGAAUUGUUCAUGCUGGAUUGUCUUUUAAAGCAGGAAAAUUUUGAAAAAUACCAGGAGUUUAUUUAUAACCCAAGUUACUAUAUGGAGGAUUUUAUCAGACGAGAAGUUGAUAGGUAUUGUUUAGACAAAAAAAAUCCAAAAUUAAAAAAUUUCUUAAAUUUAAAUCUUGAUUCUCUCCAGACUCUUGUUCUUUUGGCAAUUGAUGAAUCAACUAAAGUUGUUAAAGAUAAACAUGGCAACGUAGCCUCAUGGUUGGAUGAAUUUUGUACCAGGCUUGGAGAUGACAUGUACCUUCCCAGAAGCAAUCUGACAAGCAUUGAACAUCAAGAGACAAAAGACAUACAAUUUCUUAAGGAAGAGGUGAGUAAGUCACUGAUCCCUGCCUUAGAACAGCUGAAACAAACAGUCUCCGAGAUUGAUACGGAUCCGUUUGUCACAAAACCCCAUCAACUCCUAUUUGAGCAGCUCAGUGGGUGUUUGAAGCAAUGUCCCUUUUGCAAGGCUGUCUGCACGAACACAAUUCCUGGUCAUGAUGGAGAUCACAGCACUUCUUGUCAUCGUCCUCAGGCCCUGGCUGGCAUCCAGUGGGAAGGAACAAAUCAUCUGGUCACUGACAUUUGUACCAGCCUUGUAGCAAGUGACUGCAAGAUAGUGCUUGAUGGAAAAACAAUUCUGUGCAAAAAUUAUCGAGAAGUAGGACCUGACUAUGCAAAUUGGGACAUCAAACCAGGUACCUCACAACUGUCUUAUUGGAAAUGGUUUGUCAGUCAUUUCAGAUCUGACUUAGAAAAAAUCCAUAAUGGAAAAUUUGAAGGCAAGGGGGCAAUCCCGACUGAUUGGAAUGACUUAAACAAGGACAAAGUAUUUGAUGAGAUGUUGUUAAUGCUGACCAUCUUUGAUGGAAGAAUCAAUCGGAUGUGAGAAAUUUAUGUUUUGAAAAGGAUACUGAAAAAUAUUUGCAAUGAAUAUUGCUUGAAUAGCUUUAAGAAGGAACUUUUUCUAUCAAAAAUAAAGUGAAGUGUGUUGGAGGGUUUGUCAUAUUUUACUUAAAAAAAAACCCAACAGUAUUUUUUGUAGGGCUCAAGGGAGAAGUUGCCGUGAAACUUUCCAAAAGAAACUUCCUUCUUCAUAAAAGAAAUCACCAGUUCCAUCAUGCUUUGUUCCACUUGGAGAAGCCAUUCCUGAAAAUUAAUUCAAAGGCAGUGGGUCGUCUUUGGUAGCAACAAUUGCAAGAACACAGAGAGUUCAACAGCAGUAAAGGACUCUCGGGUUACGUGGCAAGGACACUUAAACUGAGGACAAUACCAAAUUGAUAAGGUCUUUAUUAAAAUGAAUGAAAGAACAACAAAUGCUAUGAAACACAGAGUUACAAAGCAAUAACACAACUCUGUGACUCCUGAUGGUAACAUCUCUAUUAUAGAGAACUACUUGGCCUAACAUGCUCACACCCUUCCCCGAAGGCCUGGUAGUAGGAGACGGAGGACCAGCCUUGCGCCUGGCAUGCCCGACGAAUUUGAUGGUCCAGGCUUCCCCAGUUGGUAGGGAUUUCAUUCGAGUGUUCAGUAGCUAGGCUGUAUUGCAAAGCUGAGCUAAUAGCUUGAUAAAAGAUAGGAAAAGCAGGGCGAAUGAAUGACCCUCUUGCACGGUUGUUGACCCCUUUUAUAGGUCCUGGUACUGCUUUAUCCAGGCCCAACCUACCAUGCCCAAAUCUUAUUUCCUCACCCUAAUAGAUCUUCAGGUACACUUACUCUAUAGGCUAGCAUAUUAUGACACAUAUUCAUAUGUAUUAAUAUUGAUUAUCUCACUCCUGAAACGGUUACCUUUGGCCUCACUUGUGACUUCCAUGUUCUGUGGUGUACCCUGAGGUUACUCGUCUGUUCAAGACAUAUGAUAAACAUAUUCAGUUCUUUGUUCGGUUCUGCAUUCAGUUCCCCAAAGUCAAGAGGGGAAACCAGUAGGCCAUUUAUCUAUGCCAAAGGUUACAAAUACCCAUAUUAACUUGCUCGAGCUAAUCAUAUAGAAUACAGGCCUCCAGGUUCCUUGCAUUACAGCCAACUAUUAUGGAUAACCAUGGAUAACUCUUAUGAGUAAUAUAUACUGGAAUUUAUAAACAACCCCUGAAAGUAUGAUUCAGCAAUAGUAAGAUAUGAUAACAAAAUAGUAUGAAUCAACCCAAUGAAGAAAACAUUAUGUAAUAUAGCAGGCUGGCAAACUGAUCUUAUGGGCUACAGUGUGAACAGACAGGAGAGGUUAUUCUCACAGUGAAGCAGUGUAAAAAGCACCCCAGGUUGGAGAACUAAGGGGACACAGCUGUUCAACAGUCCAGAUUGUACCCUGGGUAAUGUCACAUGCACAUUGAGACCAGGUCUGAAAAUUUAGACCUAGUUGUCUCAUCCAAGUUAAAAUGGUUAUAUGAGAGAGAGAGAGAGAAAGAUGAGAAGAGAAGAGAAGAAGAAGAAGAAAAGAACAAUACCCCAAGAGACAGACUUUUGCACAAUGAUUUCAGAGAGUUCAUGCCCUACUGUGCUAUACCUGAAAAGCAAACUGAGAAGCAACUUUAACUUUGGACCUGGACCAAAUCAGCCUGGCCAACAGUCAAAGAAAACAAGACCUGAUCAGCCUCAAGGGAGAAGAGGAGGAAAUGCAAGAGUCCAGGUGUCAGCCCUCAUUCACAGGCCACUCAUCUUAGUGCAGAGUGUGAUGCUUUAAAAAUGAUCUCAAAUAGCUUUUCUUUUUCUAACUGUUAAUUCUGUAUUAAGAUUUUACUGCAAUACAUUAUGUCAUUUAUAAGGAAUAAACAAUUUUUUCUGCAAA